AUUAUUGAAUUAUAAAGAAAAUAUUUUACAUUUGCAUGUCUAGAACUUGUAGUACAUAUAAUUGUAAAUUGUAGACCAACUAAAGAAUAUAAAAUGCAACACUGCCUACUUUUAGGGUAGCUAUUCUAUGAAUGUUGAGUUAGGAAGUUUUGUUUUUUUUUUGACGUGUAAUCGCAUUGCAUAAGUAUCAUCCUCUUUUACUGCUGCCAGCAUGUACCAUUUGUCCAGUCAGUGUGUAGUUUUGUAUUAAAUUUAUUUAAAAACAUCAAUUGUGUUCGAAAUUAAUUUACUUUAUAGUUGUAUCAUACAAUUUGUUUUUUGUGCAUAAGGAAUCCCUUUAUGUAUCUUGCGUCCCCAUGCAUUACAGGAUGUUAGAAGUGUGUGUAGAUAGUCUGGAGUCAGCAAUAAAUGCUAUUCAUGGUGGCGCCGACGAGUUGGAAGUUUGUAGUUCACUAAAUGAAGGGGGACUUACGCCAUCUGCAGGACUUGUAAGGAAAAUAAAAUGUUUGAUAAACAAUAUCUCUUUAAAAAGGCCGAUUUACAAGACCUGUUCGGAAUGUUGUAGUUGUUUAGGUUUGCUCCAGAAACCAAAAGUGAACGUUAUGAUCAGAUGCCGUAUUGGAUCCGAUUUCUGUUACACUGAUAUUGAAAUGGACACCAUGCUGGAAGACAUAGAAGUUUUCAAAGGAAUUGGUGUUGACAGAUUUGUGUUCGGUGCUUUAACCAACACCCAACAAAUAGACGAAGAGAAUUGUUUUAAAAUGUUGAACUUGGUUAUCCCCACUCCUGUUACAUUUCAUAGAGCCAUCGACGUGUGCCAAGAUUAUUUAAACUCUAUCAACACUAUUAUUAAGCUAGGUUUUAACAGAGUGUUAACAAGUGGACAAAAACAAUCUGCUGAUGAAAAAGAUGCAGUAAAAUUGAUUGAAUCACUUGUAGAACUAUAUGGUGAACAAAUUGAAGUUAUGCCGGGAGCUGGAAUCAAUAAUGAUAAUGCAAUCAUGUUUAUUAAUUUGGGAUGCAAAAUAAUACACAGUUCCUGUAAAAAAAUAAGGUAUCUUAAUAAAGUUGAAAAUAACUUAAGUAUGGGUACAGGUGAUAGUGAACACGUUUAUGUUAGUGAUGAAAAUAUUGUUAGAUUAAUUAAAAAACUAAUAAAUAGAUAGUAUUUUCCGAGCAACAGUAUUCAUUUUUACUAACGUCCAAUUCGCCUAAUCACCUCAGUUAAGAAGUGAAAUAAAUAGGAAAAACGAAACUCAACUGGGACAUUUUUAGUGCCAGUCUUACAAUACUACUAUACUAUAUGUAUAUAAUAUGUCAAACAUAUUUGAAAUAUAUUUAAUAUAUUGACUGCCUUAGUGGUCUAACGGUUUAUUUAGCACACCGUCUUAUGUUCUAUAGUCGCGGAUUCGAUUUCUUGCAGUGUUAAUACAUUUGUAUUUAUGAAUAUGAUUGUUUGUGUAGGUCAUGGUGUUUUCUAUGUAUUUACACACAAAUGUAUGUAUUUGUAUCAGUUGUCUAGUACCCAUAACACGAGCUCUUCUUAUCUUAGGACUUGAGCCUAUCUUAAUAUAUUAUUAGUAUGGAAAUGUGCCUGAACAACUAACGUCACCGUGUAUGGCGUCUCCCAUG